AUGUGUUUAAAAGUGUAUACUAUUCUAAACAUCUUGUUGAUAUUAAACUUGGUAUACAAGUAUACGGCCGCAUCAUGCAACGAGGAUAUUUGUGGUUCCAUAGUCUCAAAAUGCACUUUAACGCAAAGUUGCAACUGCGAACAAAAAGAUGUAACUUGUUACAAGGAGUGUGUACAGUGUAUGGGUAAAAAAUACUUUGAAGAUUGUUGCGGCUGUGUUGAUCUGUGUCCCAAGACCAUAGAUGUCAAAACAUCUCUAUCACAAAAAUCCCACGUGGAAGACUUUGAAGGCGUACCGGAGCUAUUUGAUGAAUUAGUAUCAUCACCAGCAGAUGAUUUGGGAUACAGUUGGAAUAUUUUCACAUUUCCUGUCAACUAUGAAACUGUAUUGUCUGGCUUCAACUUAAAAACCAACGAAAUCUAUAGCGGUCAUACAGACAAGGAGACUGAUGCCAAUUUGACUGUCAACUGCACUGUGGUGUAUUUAGAUCAGUGUGUUUCGUGGAAUAAAUGCCGCCAAAGUUGCAGAAGUACCGGAGCCAGCAGUUAUAGAUGGUUCCACGAUGGCUGCUGUGAAUGUGUGGGAUCCACUUGCCUCAAUUAUGGUGUAAAUGAAAGUCGUUGCAAGUUUUGCCCAGAGGCGGAUGACGAGGAGGAAUUUGAUGAAGCUUACGAUGAUUUUGAAGAUGAUGGAUCAUAUGAGUUCGAAAUAUUCGAUGGAAAUCUAAAAGAUAAUACAAUUUAG